AUGAAGCAGCGGCAGGCGCGCAUUUCGCGCCGCAGCGCGCCGGUGCUCAGUGCAGUGCACCAGCCCGAGGAGUGGCGGCGGCGAGCUUGGGGUUACGCCUUGGCCAGCUUCUUGGCGCUGGCACUCCUGAGCCAUUUGCAUUUUGUACCCUUUGCCUGCCUCAAGUCCACUCCCUUUUCAGAAAUCCCGAGCUUGGACACCGUUUUGGAGUCGCGGUGGCAGGCUGCCUAUCGCCGAGGUGUUUUUCGCACCACCACCGAGCGCUCCCUGCCAAAACGCACCAUUCGCAAUGGACAGCUAUCCUUCUCGCUAGCGCUCAAUGAGGGCCGGCAACAAAAGCGCCAGACUCUUGUUACGGCUGCGGCAGCUGCAGCCGAUCCCGGUGAUCACGAGAACGCUCUUCAGCUUACCCGCCCGUUUAUCGAAGCCGAUUUCCAUUUUGGGAAGGUCGAUAGUAACGAGUACCUUUUCAUCGUGGACGAGGUAGCAGAUCGCGUACGCUGCGGUCCCGUGGCCGACUUGCACCAGCACGCGGUGCUCAUCAAUCCUUUCCCGCUUGGCUGGCUCUCGGGUUUGCUCGUGCCGUAUCUCCUGGAGCACCGACCCCAGGUCAUGACUCGUGAUGCCCUGACCGCCGGCUUUGCCUUUGCUCAGCGCCUACAAAAUCCAUAUACGCGGCUGGCCUUCAACUCGCUCGAGGCUGGUGCCAGCGUCAACCAUCUACACUUUCAAUUCUGGCAGUUUGACGCGCCCCUGGCCGUUGAAUUGGCAACGCGCCAGCUCUACUUCCGCUUUGGCGAAGAACUGACGCUUCACAUCCUUCCUGACGCCCCCGUACACACGCUAGCCGUGGAGUAUUUUCGCACCACGGCCACGGGUGCCAUCGUUGUUGUGCAACGCAUUAUUGACCUUCUCUAUCAGCAUGUCUUGCCGUUUAAUCUCGUCUUCUCACGAUACUACGUCAAUGCGGGUAUUUCACCUUCGCGCUCCACCGUGUACAUUGUCCUUCGACAGCGCAUGCAUCCCUUCCCAGGCAUUAACAUUGGGUUUCCAGAGGUCUCGGGCGAGCUCAUCUGCACGUCCUCGUCCAUCUACCACUCGGUCACGGCACACAACAUUUCACAACAUUGGCGUGACAACGUACGCCUUUCGGGCGAUCGCUAUACCGAGUUCCUCGGCAGCCUAAAACGCCAUCUGCCCACCCUUCUUUCCGAGACAACAUAG